AUGGCCUUCCCACAUCACCACAGUCCCUCAGAACCCCAACCCUCAACUUCACAGCCCCUCAGACCCCCAACACUCAGACCCAAAGCCCUCAGACCCCAACCCUCACCCUCAGCCCCAAAGCCCUCAGACCCCCAAACCUCAACCUCACAACCCCUCAGACCCCCAACCCCCACCCCCACCCCCACCCUCAGUCCCAAAGCCCCUCAGACCACCAACCCUCAACCUCACAGCCCCUCAGACCCCCAACCCUCAACCUCACAGCCCCUCAAACCCCCAACCCUCAGCCCUCAGCACCAAAACCCCUCAGACUCCCAACCCUUACCCCCAAAGCCCCUCAGACCCCCAACCUCAACCCCACAGCCCCUCAGACCCCCAACCCUCAGCACCAAAACUCCUCAGACCCCCAAACCUCAACCCCACAGCCCCUCAGACCCCCAGCCCUCAUCCGUCAGCACCAAAACCCCUCAGACCACCAACCCUCAUUCCUCAGCACCACAACCCCUCAGACCCUCAUCCCUCAGCAUGACAGCACUACAGCCCCUCAGAACCCCAACCCUCAUCCCUCAGCAUCACAGGCCCUCAGACCCCAACCCUCAACCAUCAGUACCACAGCCCCACUGCCACACUGCCAUGGCUACCUUCUGA